AUGAAUAUCUAUCUAUUUAUCUAUCUAUUUAUCUCACUAUUUAUCUACCUCAGUCUGUUUAUCUUUCCCGCUUUAUCUCAGAGAUUUCCUAUCUAUCUAUCUAUCUAUCUAUCUAUCUAUCUAUCUAUCUAUCUAUCUAUCUCUCCCCUAUUUCUACAUCUAUUUUAUUCCGUUUAUCCUUCUUAUUUUACUAAUCUGUCUUUUUCCUAUCUAUCUAUCUAUCUAUCUAUCUAUCUAUCUAUCUAUCUAUCUAUCCUUGUUUAUAUCUCUCCCCUAUUUCUACAUCUAUUUUAUUCCGUUCAUCCUUCUCAUUUUAGUAAUCUGUCUUUUCCUAUCUAUCUAUCUAUCUAUCUAUCUAUCUAUCUAUCUAUCUAUCUAUCUAUCUAUCUAUCUCAUUCUGUUCAUCUAUCUAUCUAUCUAUGUCUGUUUGUCCUUCUCUCUUUAUCUAUUUCCGUACUUUCCUAUCUAUCUAUCUAUCUAUCUAUCUAUCUAUCUAUCUAUCUAUCUAUGUCUGUUUGUCCUUCUCUCUUUAUCUAUUUCCGUACUUUCCUAUCUAUCUAUCUAUCUAUCUAUCUAUCUAUCUAUCUAUCUAUCUAUCUAUCCGUAACUAUCUAA